GAUCCUUUGACCCUUCAAUCUUCUAUCGUGUCAAUGCGGCCUCGUGUAUUUGAAGCUCUGGGCACCUCUAGGAAGCGGUGUCUCAAUGUUCGCAGCAGCAGACGCGUCCGUUCGUCUAAUUGAUGGGGUUCAAAUUCGCUCAUUUGAUCUUGAAGGCGACACAUGAGGCGCGAGCUUUCAAUCCUGAUGUGCGGGCCGUGACCCGGUGGUUUUGCCGGCAUGGGAGACAGAUACGUGGCCCCGACACUGAUCUUCUGGCCCUGUUGUCCUGCAUGUUUCCCGAGAAACGGCCAGACCGGGUCUACUGGCUGCAAGAAACCUCGCUGGCGAGGAUCAUAGCGCGAUGCUUACUUCUUGGGUCCUCCAGACGGGAAGAGCUCGAGCGCUGGCGUGUGUCCAGCGGACUCGACCUCGGCCAAUGUGUCGAGAAUGUAAUGCGGCAGGCAGAGAACGAUCUUGACCCCGGUCGAGAGGUAACGGUAGAGGAGAUUGACUCUGCAUUGAACAGUAUCGCUGCCCGUUGCCGAUUCUCCGGCCCUCGAGCUUUAGGCUCUCUCUUCAGGCGACUAAGGAGCAGAGAUGCAAAGUGGUUAACGCGGAUGAUCCUCAAGGGCUAUUACCCUGUCGUAUUCCCUCUACCUUUGACGUUGCGGAGCUUCCACUUCCUCUUUCCGCCUCUCCUUCUCUUCCAAGACACAUUCGAAGGUGCGCUCAGCAUGCUCCGCUCCGACCCCAUACGCCAUUUCCCGCCACACCCAGACCCUGGCUUGGCCAAGGACCUGGCUUAUCUGGCCUUGCAACAUCUCAAUCCUAGGGUCGGAGUCAAGAUUGGUCGGCCGGAAUACCACAAGGCGCGGAGCAUCAAGCACUGCUGUCGCAUGGUCAAUCGCCGUCGAAUGAGUAUUGAAAGGAAGUACGAUGGUGAAUACUGUCAAGUACAUAUCAACCUCACAUUGGGCCCUAAUUCCAUACAAAUAUUCUCUAAACGUGGUAAAGAUUCUACUGUGGACAGGGUAGGUAUCCACCAGGUCAUCAAAGACUCCUUGAAAUUAGGAGCCCCUGGGUGUAAGGUCUCCCAAAGGUGCAUUCUUGAAGGCGAACUAGUCGUCUGGAGUGAUAAACACCGCAAGAUCAUGGAUUUCCAUAAGCUGCGUAAAUUUAUAUCUCGUUCCGGUACCUUCAUUGGUACUGAAAGCGAUUCCUUACCGCAACCCCAUGAACAUCUGAUGAUGGUGUUCUUCGACAUUCUGCUUCUCGAUGAUAAUAUAUGUUUAAGGCGGCCGCAUCGGGAACGACGUCUACUGCUCAAGGAUACUAUACAGGUUAUUCCCGGGCGUGCAGAUAUUGCUGAACAACAAGUAGUGGAUUUCUCGCGACAUGACGGCCAAGCACGACUGGAGAGCAUCUUCUCCAAGGGAAUUGCACAGCGGUGGGAGGGUUUUGUACUCAAAGGAUGCGAGGACCCCUACUUUACCAUUUUCUCAACCCAUCAGAACAACACGUUCGGCCGCUGGAUCAAGCUCAAGAAGGAUUAUAUACCGGGGUUGGGUGAUACGGUUGACCUUGCAAUCAUCGGCGCGAGAUACAAUCCGCAAGAUGCGACAGCCCUACAUCAAGUUAGGAAACUGCUAUGGACGGAGUUCUACGUCGGCUGUCUCACCAACAAAGAUGCAGUUGCGCAGUUCAACGUUUCUCCUAAAUUUAAGGUUGUGGAUGUGCUUGGCCGCAAUGGCAUGAGUUUGAAGAACAUGCAGAUCCUCAAUCAGUUUGGCGAGUUUCAAGCCUGCAAUGCCGAGUCUGACCACGGGUUCUCACUUCAUUAUGGAACAAAUGUCGCCAUCAGAAUGGAAGUCGUGUUCAAGACUCCCUUCAUCGUCGAGAUACUGGGCAGUGGGUUCGAGAAACCAUCCAAUGCCGGAUAUUUCGCGCUUCGCUUCCCGAGGAUCACCAAGAUCCACUGGGACAGGGCUCUUGAGGAUGCGGCAUCAUAUGCUGAGCUGCAACAACUCGCCGAAGAUGCCCGAGCUUUUCCCACGGAGGACAUGGACGAAGAGCGAAGCGAGUGGUCCAAGCGCGUGAAACUUGGAACUGGAUCAGCACAUCAUGUCUCAAAUACACGGUCUGGAAGCAUGUCUUCGAGUCAAGGCUCUACAUUGAGCGACUCCCCGAAUGUGCCGUCACCUGCUUCCAGAGCCUUAGAAAUAUCAACCACGCUGCUAAAGUCGCCAAAUGCUUCGAUUUGUCCAAACAACCCUCAGUCAGCUGCAGAUAAUCCUGCUCGACAGAAUCCUUUGACCAAAAAUGACAACCUGUCGACUCAUACCUCCCGCCAGCGAGAAUAUGCAAAUCGCAAUCCCAGUUCUGAACACGGAGACAAGCCGUUUCCUCAGCCUCGACAGCCUGGCCUAGUUACAAGCCAGGCCGAUACUGAGUUCCUUAGCACCGGACAAUGCAACAGCUCACCUGCACCACCGCAGAUAUCUAGCUACCCCGAAACAGGUGAUAACCGUCCUCCCAAAUCAAGUCAACCUCUCGCAUCCCUACUCCUGAACAUCCCCAUAUAUAUCACACCAACGUCCAGCAACCACACAACCCCCCAGCAACCCCAUCCACCCUCCAACGCGGAGCACCACACCCAAACCCUUGCCGAGUUCCUGGAUAUCCUGCUGACACACACGCCAAAGACGACAACACCAUCCCCACGCCUUGGAAUCGUCAUUUUGACCGGCAGCGAAUCCACCCUCGGACACCUCCUCUUCGAACUCAGCAAACGCAUCACCCGCGCCCUGCAAACCAGAAGCACGACCCACCCUCUAACGGGCAAAAUCUUUGUCCUCGACCGAAGCUUCCUGAACCUCGACAUCAGCCCCGACGACGCCAGGCUCGGCCUCCGUCACGCCUGGGAGUCGAUCGGGAGACGGUACUUCUAUGCGUGCGUGAAGUGGGAUCUUGGCGGGACUAGGGAGCAUUGGCAUGGAGAUGUCAAAUGA